AUGGCCCUGCAAGUGUUCCCAGCCUCUAAUGCUACCGUGCUGGUGGCACUCGCUACAGCUACGAUAGCUCUCGCGUGCGUCGGAUUUGUUGUCUACCAAGUUUACCUCUCGCCGUUGUCGAGAGUGCCCGCCGCCCAUCCACUGGCCCAGAUAAGCUCCCUCUGGAUCCAGUGGCAUCGGUGGCGGGGGACCGAAUUCGAUCGUAUCACAAGUGCUUUAGCGACAAAGGGCCCGUACGUUCGUGUCGGACCCAACGAAAUCGUCCUCAAUGCCAUUGAUGCUGUCCGAAGCGUCUAUGGCGUUGGCGCCAACAACUUCGACAGGCAUCCCUCAUAUGACUACUUCAUCACUCAGGGCACUCGGAACAUGUUCACGUCCCUCGGGAAGAACCACAGAUCCAAGAGGCGCAGAAUCUCUUCCAUAUACUCACGUUCAUUUUUGCAGACGUCUCCCCACGCUCGUGCUGUUAUGCAUUCCUUGCUCGUGGAAAGAAUGUUGCCAGUUCUGACUCGGACAUCUGCCACGGCUCAUUCAAGCAUCAAUGUCUUGCCUUUGUUUCAAUCCUUUGCGCUGGACUUCAUGUCCACUUUCGCCUUUGGAAUAUCCAGGGGCUUCAACUUUAUCAGGGACGAGGAAGCACGAUGGCGGUGGAUUGACCAGUUCAACAUGAGCUAUCCUCCGGGAAGUGGGUUCUGGAUGAGAGAAUACCCUAUGCUUGUCAAAUGGCUUCCCCAUUUUGGAGUUCCCAUAGUUCCGAAAGGACAUUUCGAGGCUCGCAAAGCUUGCGAAGCGUGGGCCAUUGCCAAGGUAGAGGAAUGUGAGGAAGCUUUUCAACGCGCGGGCGGGGACUUGCAGAGCGCCAGCUCAUUUGCCCCCGGAGAGUUUCCGGUUCUGUACGCCUACGUGAGGGAAGGUCUAGCCAAAACUGCAGGCACAGAAAAAGCAUUCCACCCUGGCCAUGCCGAAGUUUUAGAACUGGCUAGUGAAUGCUUUGAUCAUAUGGCUGCAACAGGAKAUACAUUCGGAACAAUGUUUACCUACAUGAUUUACGAGAUAUCACGACAUGAAGCGAUUCAACACGAACUUCGACAGGAGCUCUUGUCCAUCGAAGUGCCGUUCAUGUACGACGAAAGCUCUACGUCGGCCAUUUCCAUUCCCUCUCCGAAAAGCCUCGAGACUCUUCCCUUUCUGGAUUGCGUCAUCCAGGAGAGUCUCCGCCUGCGCAACAACGCGCCGAAUCUUGACCCCAGACUCACACCGUCGCAAGGCGAGUCCAAGGUCGGAGAGCUUUCCAAUCUGCCCCCUGGCGUACGCAUCGGCACGUACGGAUGGUGRCUGAACCGGAACCCAGACGUGUAUCCGAACCCAGAAUCCUGGGAGCCGCGACGGUGGCAGUCUGGCGGACCCGAAGCUGCCGCGCAGCGUCACGCCUGGCUUUUUGCAUUCGGAGGUGGCAGUCGCGGUUGCAUUGGCCAGCAGGCUGCAAUGGAAUUGAUGAGACUGCUUCUUUGUGGGAUCUAUACCAAUUUCAGGACGACAGUUGCCGAUGAGAGCGGGUACCCUGGUGCGAACAAGUUUGUAGGUAGCGACUGUUCCGAAAGGCUGUUUAUCAAGUUUGAAAAGUUGUCCAAGGAGUAG